AUUUUACUGAAAUUGUGGAUGGAAAUUUUGAAAAUGAUAUUUCGAUAGGUUUAGGUAGUGGUUUUGAGUCAAAUUCGGUUAAUAGUUCAUGUUUACCGAAGCAAGUUAAUAGUGAUGUAUUUGAAGGGUCAGUUGGUGCUUCUUAUGCGGAAGAGGUUAACGAUCAUGAAGAUUUUCGUCAGAAAGAUGAUGCAGAAGGAUCUGUAAAUAAUA